GUACUACAUCACCUAAGUCUGCGUUGUUGCACAGUCACCGUGAGUGUAAACAAGAGACUGUCGAGCUAAAAAUAUUGAAUAGUGUUAAUGGAUUAUUGUUUUUGUCUAUUAUUCUUGAGUAGUAAAUACACGAAGACAGUAUAGGGAUCGUUUCUAUGUACGUUAUGCCAGUGGACAGCCUCUCAUCAAGCGAUUUGAAGCGAGUUUUCACACAAACAUUGAUGAGGGUCUGCACGUUGGCUGGCUAAGGUUAGCCUGCUAGCUUUCUGGAACAUAUCUUCGUUACAGGUGAAAUCAACUCCUGUAUGCUCAAACUUUAUACGUGUUUGGGCCGUAUAGCCUUUUAAGGCUGUCGUACAUCAUGGCUGCUGUGGAGAAAGUAGAAAAGGAGUGUGAGGAUGAGACUCUUCAAACGGCUUUCAAAAAACUGCGUGUGGAUGCAGAAAGUUCCACAACCACAGUUCGGGUCUCUGAGACUUUGGCUUCUAGAUUGGUUGGUCGAGGCAGUCCAGAAGGAGCCAAAUCCAAGAUGGGCUCCUCAAAAGAGAACUGGCUCGGAUGCACAAGAAAGUCAUCCCGAGGUGGUGUGAGAAGCCAGCGAUGCCGUAGAUCAAAAUCUCCAAUCCUUCACCCUCCGAAGUUUACAUACUGCAGCAAAAUGUCUCCCCCUCCUGGUCACCUCAAACACAAGACCCCACCUGAGCCCGAUGACCCCAGCACCUCUCUGGGCAUCUCAGUCAAGAAGGAAGUUCCCUUCUCUGCUCCUCGUUCAACUGUAUUCGGCAUGGCCCACCUCCCAACUCCUAACGUUCUGGAAUCAGCCCGGCACAGUCCGCGAAUGCCAUCAGAUGACGAGACCGCUUCCGAAAACAGGCCCACUUUGGGAAGAGCCCAUGCUGCUCGGGAGGUAGGCGAAGGUAAUGCUGCUCCGUCUGACUUUCAAACUCUUUGCAAGCUGCAGGAAGGCAGUCAGUGCCCAUGCGGGCAAAGAGAAUGCCAGUGUGCCGACUGGCAGGGUGUCGAGGUAUACUCGUUUACUGGCCUCCGUGACGUCAUUUCCGAAUGAGAGCGAAGGAUGCCUGGCCCGCAGGACACCACCAGAACUUACGCUGGGACAAGUAACGGAACCUCCAGCUCACCUCGGUCUUGUUCCGAACAAGCCCGAGCUCCCGUAGAUGACAUCACAAUAGAGGACCUUUCAGGCUACAUGGAAUAUUACCUUUACAUCCCCAAGAUGUCGCACAUGGCUGAGAUGAUGUACACUUGAGAGAAAUGUAAUAAAGCAAAUAAUUAUAAAAGAUGCAUAUCAAUGGGUGCUUUUAAUAAAAAAGGAAUGGUUUAUUUAAAAAAAAAGUAGUAAUGAAGAUCAUAUUGUAAAGCAAUUCUACGUUUAUUGUUGAAGAUUUGUUAUCAUGAUUGUUUCUCUGUGACAUCCAGACAAUGUGUGCUGAUUAAGAGCUAAGAGUUUACUCAUUCUGUGACCAUUGUUCUUUAUUUCCGUUUGAUUUUGUGAUAACUGCUCUUAUGUUUGGUUUACGUUUACAAGUUGCCAAAGGUCUAUCACGGAGACUGCAGGUUUAAUUUCACUGAUAUAUGCAAACUUACAAAAUGCCAAGUAAUAAUUCUGCUCACUUAUGAGCGAGUAUGUGAUGUCAUCUAAAUUAAAUUUCAAUAAAAUGCUUGGGGAUG